AUGGCGCCUUCAGAGUUGGCUGAAUGUAUUAGGAAACGCGGUGUAGCAAAAGGUAAACUAACUCGAUUCGGAUCAUUCUUCGACACAUUCCAAAGGAAUGCAAGGCGCAACUACACUGAAUUGAAAUUACGGCUAGACAAACUGGAAUCAUUGUUUGACGAAUUCGACAUUAUUCAAACUGAGAUCGAAGGUUUGGAUGAGUCUGAAUUACAGCAAGAAGAACGCAUCAAAUUUGAAAAUGAAUAUUUUUCCAUACAAGCGGCGGCGGUGACUGAGUUAUCAUCACAAGAAAUAGAAUCCCCUGAUCAAUCAUUUAAUCGAAGUCAUCGACAGGGUGUGGAAGCUCAUCUUAAGUUGCCGAGAAUCAACCUUCCUGAAUUUGACGGAGAAUAUGAAAACUGGCAGUGUUAUCGGGAUACUUUCAGUACCAUGAUUCACAACGCUCGAAUACCUGCAGUAGAAAAAUUUCAAUAUCUCCGGUUAUCUUUGAAAGGGCUAGCGGCGCAGCUAAUCGAAAGUUUGGAGGUAACGGAGGGGAAUUAUUUAGUUGCAUGGAACUUAAUUCAAGAGCGAUUUGAAAAUAAGCGACUUAUAGUACUUAUUUCCAAAUUAUUUGCAGUAAACAAGUUAGAAAAGGAAUCAGCCUCUGAAACGAGAAGUUUCUUCGACACCUUUAGUCGACACCUGGGGGCUUUAAAGGCUAUCGGAGAACCAGUAGAUGAAUGGAGUACGCUAUUAGUACACAUAGCAUCUUCCAAACUCGAUGAUAAAUCUCUCAUGGAAUGGGAAACUUCACGAAAAGACACAAGUGUACCAACGUGGAACGAGUUCACUACGUUUUUAAAUCAUCGGUGUCAAACGCUCGCAGCAAUUGAAGUUUCCAAGGGACAGAGGCAAAACAUGUGUCAAAACCCAUCAAUACCAGUGCGACGGUCAUUCACCACGGUUCAACAAAGGUCCAUUACUUCAGAGUCAAAAUGUCCCAUGUGCAAAUUAGUACACGCCCUUUAUCAAUGUCCAAAAUUUUUAGCUUUAAGAACGCCAGAGAGAGUAAAAUUUGCCAGAACAGUAAACGUUUGUGUUAACUGUUUACGUGGUGGUCAUCGAGCAUCAGCUUGUCGUAGUGCGGGUUGUCAAAAAUGUAACAAACGACACAACAGCAAACUACAUCUUGAAGACGAGGAAAGAGAAGAAGCAUUUGCGAACAGUGUAUUAAUUGACGAAGAAACUGGAAAUAGUUCUGAUAUCCAGGAAAGCAUAGUGGAUAGCGAAGACGGCCAAGUAGCGUUAAAGGCACAAAUAAUAGAAAGGAGAAAACCCCUCGGUGAAGUAACAAUGUUAUCAACGGCUUUAGUUAUCAUUACCGAUGUGCGUGGUAAGGGAAUUAUGGCAAGAGUUUUAUUGGAUUCUGGUUCCCAAGUGAAUCUUAUGACCGCCAGACUGGCAAUAAAACUAGGUUAUCCAAUAACUGAGACAACUACAACGGUAAUUGGAGUAUCAGGUAUGUCAUGUAAAGCAAUUGAACAAGUCAGUGCUACUGUAAACUCGAGAAUUAACGCAUAUUCAACAGAUUUAAGAUUUUUGGUAUUACAGAAUAUCGCGAACACCUUGCAGUCAGUACAACCAACAAACGAAGUCAUGAACACAAUUAAUCUUGGUGAAUGUGCUGAUCCAGACUUUAGUUCUACAAAAAAAAUUGAUAUAAUACUUGGCUCCGAAAUAUUCUAUGAGCUAUUAUGUAUUGGUCAAAUAAAACCAGCAGGCACUCGCGCAAUUUGGCAAAAAACUGUAUUCGGCUGGGUUCUAUCAGGACGGGUACAGAGUGACCAAAGUAAUCCUCAAACUUCUUGUAUGACAACAAUGGUGAGUAGCGAUAAUUCAAUUCAGAACGAAGUACAGAAGUUUUGGGAGCUCGAAGAAGUCGUCGAACCACAGGAACGAAGAAAAUACAGUAUUGAAGAAUGUAAAUGUGAAACCCAUUUUUUGAAGACGUGUUCAAGAGAAGCCGAUGGUAGAUUUACGUUAAAACUACCAUUCCGUAACAACAUGCAGCAAUUAUUGGGUGAAUCACGUUCCAUGGCAACGAAGAGAUUUCAUCAGAUGGAACGUAAAUUAAAUGAAAAUCCAGAGCUUAAGCUAGAAUAUGUCAGGUUUAUGCGUGAAUAUCAAAAUCUUGGUCACAUGACCCUGUCGACUAAGACGAAUAUCCAGUCAACAGAACAUCCACAAGUAUUCUUACCACAUCACCCAAUCAUCCGAAAUGAGAGCUCUACCACAAAAAUUCGAGUUGUUUUUGACGCUUCUGCAAAAACUUCCACCAACAUAUCACUCAAUGAAACCUUAAUGGUUGGCCCAACUAUUCAAGAUGACCUCCGUAGAAUUUUAAUGAGAUUCCGAAUACAUCAGGUAGUUCUUACCGCUGAUAUCGAAAAAAUGUACAGGCAAAUCAAGGUUAGUGAAAACUGUAAGUCAUAUCAACAAAUUCUUUGGCGGGAAACCCCAAACGAUCCUUUGGAAGCAUAUCGUUUAAACACAGUUACUUAUGGGACAUCAUCCGCACCUUUUAUGGCCAUCAGAACAUUAUAUCUCUUAGCAGACUGCGAAAAUUAUUAUCUUUCAAACAUUCUGGAAAAUUGCUUUUAA